AUGAACGAGGAUCAAGACCCUGAGCUACUCCCUCUUGACCCAGAAAUUGAGCAUACUUUUAGACAAAGGAGAAGACAACAAGCCAAUCAAGUGGGAGUAAUGAUGAUGGAUGCUGGAAAACUAGCACAAGCUCAAGAUGGUGCGGCUGCCAAAGAGGUUCACAAUGCAGUAUUGGUGGUCGAUGACAGGGGUAGAGCUAUUAGACACUGUGUUGUCCCCCUGUUCAAUGAAUUAAAUAUGGGUAUUAUAGUUGGUCAGUUUAGUGGUAUGCCUACAGAAGAUCAUCACCUUCAUCUCCGUCUAUUCAUGGAGGUGAGUGAUUCUUUUAAGUUAAUUAGAGUUAACGAAGAUGCCUUGAGCUUAAAGUUGUUUCCCUACUCAUUGAGGGACAAGGACGAGGAAUCUCUUCUUGAAGCAUGGGAGCGAUUUAAGGAAUUAUUAAGGAGAUGCCCUCACCAUGGUAUACCACAUUGUAUCCAAAUGGAUACUUUCUACAAUGGUCUCAAUGCUCAUACGAGGAUGGUAGUAGAUGCAUCAGCUAAUGGGGCAUUUUUGGCCAAGUCUUAUAACGAGGCCUAUGAGAUUUUAGAAAGAAUAGCUAAUAACAACUACCAAUGGCCCACCAAUAGAACUUCUUCGGGCAAGAGAAGAGUAGCGGGUGUUCACGAGUUGGAUGUUAUCACCUCAUUGGAAGCACAAGUGUCUUCCAUCUCCAACAUGUUGAACACUAUGAAUAUGGGUGUGAAUUCAGCUGUAGCACAACACAUGGCUCAAGUGGAGAAUGUAUCUUGUGUUUAUUAUUGUGAUACUCACACCUUUGAUAAUUUCCCAUCAAAUCCAGCAUUGAUGUGUUACAUGGGGAAUAAUAACAAUAGAGGAGUAAAUUCAAACUCCUAUAAUCCGGCUUGGAGGCAACACCCCAAAUUUUCAUGUAGCAAUCAAGGGGCUGCCUCUAAUAAUGUCAAUGCACCUACAAGGCCAGCUUAUCCAACUAGUUAUGUUCAAUCAAGGCCACAACAAGGGGAAUCUUCUAAGUCUCUUGAAUCUUUGUUAAAGGCACACUUGGUGAAUAAUGAGGCCUUCAUGUCAAAAUUUGAUGCUUACAUGGUGAAAACAAAUGCCAUAAUUCAGAGUCAGGCAGCCUCUUUGAGAAACUUAGAGAACCAAGCUGAGCAGCUCGCUAAUGAGUUAAGAAAUAGACCCCAAGGGAGUUUGCCAAGUGACACCAAAAACCCAAGAAAUCCAGGCAAAGAAUAUUGUAAGGCAAUCACCCUACGUAGCGGCAAGGAAUUGGAAGCCUUGACGAAGAAUUUUGUGUGCGAAAAAGAGCCUUCUUCGAUCCAAAAUGAGGCAAUGGUUAAAGGAAAUCAAGAAAAUUCUGGUGUGCAAAAAGUUGAUUCUGUGCAUGAUGUUGCAGCAUUCCCACAGCAAAUUUUCUCAGAAAGUUCAAAUUUUCAACAGCCUCCAUUUCCUCAGCGUUUUCAGAAUAAACAGCAAGAUAAUUAA